AUGGGGAAGAAAGGGGGUGGAUGGUUUUCUGCAGUGAGGAAGGCAUAUGUCUAUAGUAAUGAUUCAAAGGAAAAUACAGAAGAAAAGAAACCACCUCAGAAAACUGCUUCUAAGAAAUCAUGGUUUGGAAGGCAAACGAAUGUCGAAUCAGAAUCCUCACAACCACCCGAAUCUGCAUUCGCCACCCUUGCGCUUCGUUCUCCUCCAUCCGAACAUGACGAUGAUGACAAACCUGCAGAAUCACAGGCCGAAAUGAUUAAACCCACGGAGCCAGAAAGCGAGCUAACAGAACCCACAAUAACACCAGAACAUGAGCCAAACGAGCCCGCAAAGCCUGAAGAUCAGCUGAGCAAACCCACAAAACCAGAGGUUGAGCCGAAGAAGACCACAAAACCGGAGAAUGAACCGAGCGAGUCUGGUUAUACCUCAAGGGUAGCAGUAGCAGCAGCAGCGUUUAGACGGUUUUUAGGUAAAUCCAAGGAAGAUUUAGCCGCCAUUAAGGUUCAGACAGCUUUUCGGCGUUUCUUGGCACGAAGAAAGUUGCGGGCUUUGAAAGGGCUUGUGAGAUUAAAAGUGUUGGUUCAAAGUCAAUCGGUCAAACGACAAGCAAUAACCACUUUAAGAUGUAUGCAGACUCUAGCCUGUGUGUAGUCUCAUGUUCGAGCCAGGAGGAUCAGAAUGUCGGAAGAAAACCAAGCCCUUCAAAGACAGCUUAUGCAAAAACGCGAGCGAGAGCUUGGUAACAUGAAAUCCUACAGUGGAGAUACUAUUUUUUUUGACAUAAUAUGAUACUGCCUUUUCAGGAUAUAUACUGUUUGGAUGCUGACAGUACCCUAUUUGAUGCUGCCUUGCUUGCUGCAGCUGCUGCCUUCUCCCAUUGUAAGUGGUUAGAUAUUGUGGCAUUUCUCGAUCAAC